AAUCCUAAUAGUAAUACUAAUAUAGCUGUGUUUAUAUAUGUUUGCUGAUUAAUUUGUUUUGGUUUUAGGGUUAGGUUUUGGUAUUGAUUUUCAUAGUUACUUAUUGCUCGAUUGUAAUGGCAAUGGCGCCUUUGAGAGAAAUCUUACCUCCUACGAAGUCUAAAACUUCAUCUUAUUCGAAUCGUAAGGGUUUUGUUCGUCGGAAAGUGGAGGAUUUCGGAGAUGGAGGUGCACUUCCGGAGAUUCAUAUUGCUCAAUACCCUCUUGGUAUGGGCAGGGAUAAGUCUGCGUCUAGAAUAUUGCCUUUGACUGUUGAUGCUAAUGGGAAUGUUGCAUAUGAUGCCAUUGUGAAGCAGAAUCAGAAUUCGAAGAAGAUUGUUUAUUCAAAGCAUACGGAUAUCAUUCCAAAGUUCUUGAAGAAUGAAGAGGAGAGCAUUGAGGACGAGGAGAUUGAGGAGACAACACUGGAGACCAAAACUGCUCUUGAAAAGAUUGUUAAUGUAAGAUUGAGUGCGGCACAGCCAACAAAAUCUUCUGAUUCGAAGUAUAUUAAGUACAAGCCAUCUCAGCAAUCAGCGGCUUUUAAUUCAGGGGCGGAAGAGAGAAUCAUCAGAAUGGUGGAGAUGCCGGUUGACCCACUCGACCCACCUAAGUUCAAGCAUAAGAGGGUCCCUAAGGCUUCUGGAUCUCCUCCUGUGCCACUCAUGCACUCACCCGCUAGACCUGUGACUGUAAAAGAUCAGCAGGAUUGGAAAAUCCCUCCUUGUAUCUCAAACUGGAAGAAUCCUAAAGGUUAUACAAUUCCUCUUAAUAAGCGUCUAGCGGCUGAUGGAAGAGGUCUGCAGGAUGUUCAAAUUAAUGAUGAUUUUGCCCAGUUAUCAGAGUCACUCUAUGUUGCUGAGCAGAAAGCUAGAGAAGCUGUUGCUAUGCGAUCCAAGGUUCAAAAGGAGAUGAUGAUGAAGGAGAAUGAUAAGAGAGAGCAGGAACUGUGUGCACUAGCUCAGAAAGCGCGCUCUGAACGAACUGGUGCAGCACCACCAAUGUCCGCUCCAAUGGAUGAUGUUGAUAUGAUGGAAGAUUAUGAUCGUGGGAGAGAAAGGGAGAGGGAUGCUUCUAAAGAGUCAAGGCAGGAGAGGGAAGAGAGACUACAGCGUGAGAAAAUUCGUGAGGAGCGACGUCGUGAGAGGGAGAGGGAGAGAAGGUUGGAGGCUAAAGAUGCUGCCAUGGGUAAGAAGAGCAAGAUUACAAGAGAUAGAGAUCGUGACAUUAGUGAGAAAGUUGCUCUCGGUAUGGCUUCUGCUGGGCCUGGCAGAGGAGAGGUUAUGCAUGACCAGAGAUUGUUUAACCAGGAGAAAGGAAUGGAUUCUGGUUUUGCCACAGAUGAACAAUAUAAUGUUUAUGACAAGGGCUUAUUUACAGCUCAGCCUACUCUUUCAACACUCUAUCGGCCACAGAAAGAUGUUGAUUCUGAUACGUAUGGAGGAGCUGAUGAGCAGUUAGAUAAAAUUAUGAAGACGGAGAGGUUCAAACCCGAUAAGGCUUUUGCUGGCACUUCUGAGAAGGCCGGUCCACGGGACAGGCCAGUUGAGUUCGAAAAGGAUGUAGAAGAAGCUGAUCCAUUUGGGUUGGAUCAGUUCUUGACUGAAGUGAAGAAGGGCAAGAAAACCAUGGACAAGGUGGGCAGUGAUGGUACAAUGAGAGCUAGUGGCGGGUCUUCAACUAGAGACGGACAUGACGGAGGCUCUGAUAGAACUCGUAUUGGCUUUGAGAGGGGCCGCUAGGGAAUACAUAUGUCGAGGAAGUUGGAUUCAUUGCAAAUUUUAGAAUGACCAGCUCCUCCGAUACUUGUGCUGUUGUUGGUACUCUGCUUACCAUGGUGAACGUCAUCAAAAAUUAAUGCUUUCAGGAACUUCUCUUCUGGACGCAUAGUUAGCAAGUUCUUUACCAGCAAUUUGGACAAGUAUUGAUAUUGAUACAAAUAGAAGUUAGCAAAAACAGUUUUUCUUGUGGAAGUAUGAUGAUAAUCAAUUACGAGUACAAGUCUGAUGAUAUUUUUUUGAUUCUCAUGAUAAACAGGAACAAUGCUGUGCCCUUUCUCCAACAUCAACUUGGUGAGAACACUGCAUUAGCAGUCUGUGGUUAGUUAAUGCAUAUGACUCGCAAAAAUCUUCUGCGUUUCGUUGAUGAAAAUCAAACAUACUUGUUAAGUUUGGCAUUUAUAUCAAUAGAAAAAGUUUCAGA